ACUCCCUCCUUCCUCCAAAAAACACAGAAGACAAAACAGCUGAACCAGCUCGGUCGUUUACGUCUUUAUCAAAACAAGAUGAAAAAGUUCCUGUUGUUGCUUCUCUUCUGUCACUUCUCAUCUCCAGUGAAAUACUCACUCAAGUUUUUCGUAACGGCAUCUUCUGGAGUCCCAAACUUCCCAGAGUUUGUGGCUUAUGGAGUGGUGGAGGAACUUCUGUGUUUUUACUUUGACUUCAACAAAAAGAUAGUAGAACCAAAACAGGACUGGAUGAAAAAUGUAUUUAAUAACAAUCCUCAGCAGUUGGAGUGGUACACUAGAAAAUGUGUUGAUUAUCUGCAUAACAACUUCAAAACCUGGAUGGAGAACUUUAAGCAACGCUUCAACCAAACUGGAGGUGUGCACAUUCUCCAGCAGAUGGUUAGCUGUGAGUGGGACGAUGAGACUGGAGAGGUCAAUGGUUUUUUGCAGUUUGGUUAUGAUGGAGAAGACUUCAUAGUAUUCGACCUGAAGACAUUGACAUGGAUCGCUGCAAAGCCACAGGCUGUCAUCACCAAACUGAGUUGGGAUGCUGACAUAUCUAGAAUAAAAUACAUUAAGAUUCUCCUCACUGAGAUGUAUCUUGAAUGGCUGAAGAUGUAUUUGGACUAUGGGAAGAGCUUUCUGCUGAGAAAAGAUCUUCCCUCAGUGUCUCUCCUCCAGAAGUCUCCCUCCUCUCCAGUCAGCUGCCACGCUACAGGUUUCAACCCUGAUACAGCCAUGAUGUUCUGGAGGAAAGAUGGAGAGGAGCUUCAUGAGGACGUGGACCUUGGAGAGAUCCUCCCCAACCACGAUGGAUCCUUCCAGAUGAGUGUUGACCUGGACCUUUCAUCAGUCCCAGCUGAAGACUGGAGGAGGUACGACUGUGUGUUUCAUCUCUCUGGUGUGGAGGACGACAUCGUCACCAACCUGGACAAAGCAGAGAUCAGGACCAACAGAGAGAAUCCUUCAGACAGGACCAUUCCCAUCACUGCUGCAGUGGCUGUUCUUGCUGUCGUCCUCGCCGCGCCACUGGAUUCAUUUUUACAAAAAGAAGAAAGCCAAACUCCCUCCACAAUCUCCUGACAACAGCUCUGAGCUCUCUGAGAAACUGAAUCCAGAGACCUGAUUUACAAACACAUCCUGCACUGGUAAAGCAGUAAA